AUGGCUCGACUCUCCGGUCUCCAACGAGACGUCCUAAGUCUAUACCGAAAAUGUCUGCGUGAGAUUAGAAAGAAGCCUACGGAAUCAAGGCCUAACUUCAAAACGCAUGCGCGGGCAGAGUUCCAAAAGCAUCUUUCGGUGAACAAAAAGGACUUUAGCGCCGUGGAAUAUCUCUUGCGCAAAGGCCAUCGACAGCUCGAGAUGUAUGCUUCCCCGGGCAUCCGCAACAUCCGUUGA